AUGAACAUUAAGGUUUCACAAAACUAUUUCUCAGAAGAAAGCGAAUUUAGAUAUUUUGAUGAAUCUUUUCACGAUUUCGAACUCAUCACUGACAAUCUUUCUUAUGAUACUAAAUAUUUCGUAUCAUUCUUUUCUUUUAGAAGCAAAUCUCAAAAUGUUGUUGCAAAUAUUAAUAUCUCUUCCUAUUCUUCAAUCACACGCUCAUUUUAUGAGCAAGGUAAGCUUAAAUACUUUGCUGAUGAAUCAAUUUCUAUUCCUCUUAUUUCAAAAUACAGAAAUUACGGAAAUCAAAAUUUAAUUAUUAAUAAAACUCAAACAAAAAUGGAAAUUUUUGCAAAUUCAUAUGUAGUAUUUACAGAUUAUGACCAAAUCUAUGGUUUUGCAGAAACUUCAAAUUCGAAAUUAAUAAUUCUUGGAAAUACUUCGAUUUCUGCUGUAUAUUUUAGUGUAUCUGGAACUAUAUCAUUAUACACAUAUGAAAAUGAUUCAAUUCCUUGCAAUUUUGUUGUUUAUCGUAUGAAUGGAUUAUCUUUUAAUAAAAUGAUAACUGUUGUAAGAAACAAUUACAGCAUAUCCAGUUAUGGUGAGAAAGAUAUUUACGUUGCUGUUGCAUUCACUAAAGGAUACGCUUUUUCAUACCCUACCGAUUCCAUGACUACAUAUUUACCAGAAGGAAAACGUGCUGAUCCGAAUUUUAGACCUUAUUUGGCACGUUUAAACAAAAAUGACAACUAUUCAUUCAUAUAUUAUUCAAAAGAUAAUUAUUCCAAUUCAUAUAUUAUAAAUGGAAGUCAAUCAGAUCAUAAGGCUUAUCUCAUCGGUGAAAACUCAUAUGCUGAACUAAAUUCAUAUGAGCCUUCUAAGCCUAUUCCUGUUGAUCCAGACGACAAAGAUAAAGAUAAGGAUAAAGCUAAAAAUGAAGAUGAAAAUGGUAGUAAUGGAAGUGCAUUAAUUGGUAUUGGAGCUGCAGUUGGAGUUCUUGUUGUAUGCAUUACAUUGAUUACUUUUGUUUUAUUCUAUCUUCGCAGAAGAAAGGACAGAAAUCAAACAAUGAAUCAAAGUUUGAUUGAUAAUUCAGAGAACCCAAUUCAAUUAAAAGAAACUCACAUUAAUCCUUACUCAGCUGAGACUAAUCCACAAGAAUAUAAUCAGGAGAAGUACGAUCUGAAAGCGAAAUUUGAAAAUCCAUAUGAAUAA